ACACGAGGUCGGGCGUUGUUGCAGUUAGGGUAGUAAAAUAUUUAAAUUUUUGUUUAUAAUUAGUUAAUAAGUAGUAUUUUUUUAAAAGAUCCAAACAAUAGUCUCCAAAUCUUGUACGCCUGUAUGAAUGGAAGAAACGUUGACUAAGUCAUCUGGCAGUGCCGAUAGUUUAGAGUCAGCCGACUGGCAGUUACCAUUAUGUUUCACAAAAAAAAGACAUAUCGAAGAAAUAAAAAGUGUACAAACUAUAGUCAGCUCAUGGCGACUCAAAGAACGGAUGAAAACUGUGAGUGUAGCACUUGUGCUAUGUUUGAAUGUUGGUGUAGACCCUCCUGAUGUUUUCAAAAUACAACCAUGUGCUCGACUGGAGUGCUGGAUAGAUCCUUUAAUGAUGAUACCUCAAAAAGCUCUUGAAAUGAUUGGAGCUAAUUUACAAAAACAAUAUGAGAGAUGGCAACCUAGAGCACGUUAUAAACAAUCAUUGGAUCCAACAAUAGAAGAAGUAAAAAAACUUUGUGUUUCAUUAAGGCGAAAUGCAAAGGAAGAAAGAGUUCUUUUUCAUUACAAUGGACAUGGUGUCCCUAAACCAACAUCAAAUGGUGAAAUUUGGGUUUUCAAUAGAGUAAAAUUUAAUUAUAUAAUUAUCUCUUAGUCAAUAAAUUAUUUU